UUCACAACUACCACCACUCCUACACUAACACUUAUAUCACCAACACAUUGUAUUCUACUAUACAUAAAAUUCAGUUCCUAAGUAUAUUUUUUUGGUUGUGAGAUCGAUGGAGAGUUACUUGAGGAAAUUGUGUUUAGUUUCUGUGUGGGUUUUGCUUUUAGGUUUAGGGUUUAAGGUAAAAGCAGAGCCUCAAGUUCCAUGUUACUUCAUCUUUGGUGAUUCUUUGGUUGACAAUGGAAACAACAAUCGUCUCAGAUCUAUUGCAAGAGCCGAUUAUUUCCCUUACGGCAUCGAUUUCGGAGGCCCCACCGGCCGUUUUUCCAACGGAAAAACCACCGUCGACGUUCUCACUGAGCUACUUGGAUUUGAGAACUACAUUCCUGCGUAUAGUACUGUGAGUGGCCAGCAGAUACUUCAAGGAGUCAACUACGCAUCUGCAGCUGCUGGAAUCAGAGAAGAAACCGGUGCACAAUUGGGACAAAGGAUAACAUUUAGUGGGCAAGUAGAGAAUUAUAAGAACACAGUGGCAGCAGUGGUGGAACUUCUUGGAGACGAGAACACUGCAGCAGAUUACCUGAGGAGAUGCAUUUACUCUGUUGGUAUGGGAAGCAAUGACUAUCUUAAUAACUACUUCAUGCCUCAGUUCUACCCCACUAGCAGACAGUACACUCCUGAGCAGUAUGCUGACGAUCUUAUCAGUCGUUACAGGGAGCAGCUUAAUGCGCUAUACAACUAUGGAGCUAGAAAGUUUGCAUUGGUAGGAAUUGGAGCCAUUGGAUGUAGCCCGAAUGCGCUCGCACAGGGCAGUCCCGACGGAACAACUUGUGUGGAACGUAUCAACUCCGCCAACCGAAUCUUCAACAGCAGGCUCAUAUCUAUGGUCCAACAACUCAACAACGAACAUUCCGAUGCCAGGUUCACUUACAUCAAUGCUUAUGGCGCUUUCCAAGACAUAAUCGCCAAUCCCUCUGCUUAUGGGUUUACGGUUACGAACACUGCGUGUUGCGGAAUUGGAAGGAACGGAGGUCAGCUAACAUGUUUACCGGGAGAACCUCCGUGCCUGAACCGAGAUGAGUACGUGUUUUGGGAUGCAUUUCAUCCUUCGGCUGCCGCAAACACGGUCAUUGCACAAAGAUCUUACAAUGCACAAAGAUCUUCCGACGUUAAUCCCAUUGAUAUCUCGCAAUUGGCACAGCUUUGAAAGGACAGAGAAUAGGAGAGUUUUUAAACAGUUGUAUGCUUUUCAGGUUCUAAAUUGAAUUCUUGGAAAUAUUUCUGAAGUUAUAUGUGUACCCAAAUUGUUCUACUUUAUAAAAAAAAAGGGAUUGC